GGUCCACGAGGAGGUCCACGAGGAGGUCCACGAGGAGGUCCACGAGGAGGUCCACGAGGAGGUCCACGAGGAGGUCCACGAGGAGGUCCACGAGGAGGUCCGCAGAGCCCCACGGAGCCCCAGCGACGACCGCCCACCGCGGCCAGUGCGGUGACACGCAGUGACUUGCAGUGCAGUGACGCAGUGACCAGUGCUGUGCUACCAUUCAUAGUGCACUUUUAGAGUGGCGUCGGGCUGCUGGAAGCAAGCAAGACGUGUUGUUGACCGUGUCGCAGCAUCUCCCAGCCAUGCCGUCUCCACGUGCAUUCGCCAUGCUGCUGCUGCUGGUGGCCGCGGCGCGCUGCCAGUCGCCGUCCUUCGAGUACUCGUUCCCGCGCACCCGCACCCCUCUGGAGACGAGGCUGAACCCGACCUGGAGGGCCUCCAACGAGUUCGUGCAGCGCCUGCUCGGCGGCCAGGGCAGCGACCCCCACGCCGCCAGCGUGCUGCGUGUCCGAAAGAACCUGCAGGCGGUGGGCGAGCCGCGCUUCCCCUGCAACGUGUCCGCGGCCCUGGUGCGCUCCGACACACCGCCCACCUCGGUGCACCGGCUGCGGCCCGGCGACGUGGACCUGGUGGCCGCCAUGGGGGACUCGCUGACGGCCGGCAACGGCGCCAUGGCCCUCAACGUGCUGCAGGUGGCCAACGAGAACCGGGGCAUGUCCUGGUCCGGCGGAGGCCAGGGCACGUGGCGCGAGUACCUGACGCUGCCCAACAUUCUGAAGGAGUUCAACCCGAACCUGUACGGGUACGCCCUCAAGGACUCCAGGGCCUUCCACCGCGCCUCCAAGUUCAACGUCGCCGAGAUCAACUCCAUGACCCAGGACCUGCCGUGGCAGGCCGGCAACCUGGUCAAGAGGAUGCGCUCCGACCCCAGAGUCAAUCUGCAGCAGGACUGGAAGGUGAUCACGAUGCUCGUCGGCUCCAACGACUUCUGCUCGGACAUGUGCUACCGGCGCAGCCCCGAGUCCCUGCCCGACCAGCACCGGCAGGACCUCAAGGAAGCCCUGCGCAUCCUCAAGAAGCACCUGCCGCGCACCCUGGUGAACCUGGUGACGCAGCCCGACCUGAGCCGCAUCCUGCCCGCCAUGAAGAACACCACGCCGUUCUGCGAGCUGCUGCGCCGCGUGGCCUGCUCCUGCCUGUACGGCGAGCCCACCAGGCCGAUGCGCGGACGCAUGCAGGCCAUCAUCGAGCGCUACAUCCAGGUGGAGCUGGAGAUUGGCGAGGACCCCGAGUUCCAGACGGACGACUUCGCCGUCGUGGUGCAGCCCUUCACCCACAAGCUGCAUUUUCCCCUCAAGACGGAAAACGCCACAGACUUCACAUACAUGGCGCCCGACUGCUUCCACUUCAGCCAGCGCGGCUACGCCAGAGCGGCCAACGCGCUGUGGAACAACAUGAUGGAGCCCGUGGGCGAGAAGUCGAUGGACUGGUUCAACUCGUUCCAGAGGUUCCUGUGCCCGUCCGAGCAGCACCCCUACAUCUACACCAAAGGCAACAGCGCCGCCGGCAAGGACCACCAGCGGUCCACCGGCAACGCCAUCACCUCCAGCGAGGCCGCCAAGGCCUGAGAACACCGUGGGGCGCGUGGCAGUAGCGACAGUGGGGGCCUUUCUACCUCGAAAAACAUUGGGAGGUCUUUAACACUGCGAUAGAGUGGGGGACUUUUACUACUUUGAAAAAGUGUGGGGCCUUUAUCAGUGUGAUGUCUUUACUACUUUGAAACGGUGUGGGUCCUUUACUACUUUGAAACAGUGUGGGACCUUUACUACUUUGAAACAGUGUGGGACCUUUACUACUUUGAAACGGUGUGGGUCCUUUACUACUUUGACACGGUGUGGGUCCUUUACUACUUUGAAACGGUGUGGGUCCUUUACUACUUUGAAACAGUAUGGGAACUUUACUACUUUGAAAUAGGGAGGGAACCUUCACUACUUUGAAACAGAGUGGGGUCUUUUACUUUGAAACAGAGGGGACGCCUUACUACUUCGAAUGAUUGGGAACCUUUACUACGUGCUUCGAAAAUGAGGGGCCUUUACUAUUUCGAAAUAACAAUGGAAGGGCCUUCACCUCCCAAAAGUGGGUGGCCUACUUCCAGCCAAUGAGAACGUGCCAAUGUGUCAACCCCGACAGUAUUACCAGGACUCUCGUAGAGUAGACCUAUUUUCAGGCUAUUCCGUGCCACUCGCGUUGGCACAAUGUGAUAUAGAGCCGCGGCCAUGUUAGCGUAAUGUGUGAAAGACUGAACUCGGUGAGCGGCGCUCACUAUGUAGUAGUGUAAGCUUGCAUGCUGUACAGAGAAAAGCUUUGUAUUGAAUCGAAAAAAAAAACGACAGAAAAUGAAAGAAAAGACUGAAGGUGUGUGUGAGAGA